CGCUCGCACGGGGGGAGGUGCAGCCGCCCAGCCGUUUUUGGGCGGCGGGGGCGCGCAGAGCCGACUCCCUCGGUGGAAGGGCAGAGGCGGUGCCGACCGGCGCCCACCCAACUCUGGUUCCCCUUCCUCCGCCCUCUCUAAACUUGUCCUGUCCUGUCCAGCCUCCCCCCACACCCCUUCUCGUCCUUCACCUCGGCCCUCCUCCUCUUCCUCCUUCUCUGUGAGUGUGUGCGCCCCAUCCACUCACUAAUUGAAGAGCUGGGAUUCCUCACGUGAGAAGUUGAUUUGUAGUUUGAACACGUGGCUCAUUCAAAAAGCCGGAAUAUUCAAACGAGGGUUGCAGUCCGCUGUGCGCGCCUUUCCGAGCCGCCAGGAAGAUGAACAAGCUCUACAUCGGCAACCUCGGCGAGAACGUUAGCCCCCUCGACCUGGAAAGUCUCUUUAAGGACUCCAAGAUCCCUUUCUCGGGCCAGUUCCUGGUGAAGACUGGGUACGCCUUCGUGGACUGCCCCGACGAGAGCUGGGCCAUGAAGGCCAUCGAGGCACUUUCAGGUAAAGUGGAGCUGCAUGGGAAACUCAUAGAAGUUGAACAUUCAGUCCCUAAAAGACAAAGGAGUCGGAAGCUUCAGAUCAGAAAUAUCCCGCCUCAUUUGCAGUGGGAGGUGUUGGAUAGUUUGUUAGCUCAGUAUGGAACAGUGGAAAACUGUGAGCAAGUGAACACUGACACCGAGACUGCAGUUGUAAAUGUAACAUAUGGCAAUAAGGACCAGGCUAGACAAGCAAUAGAAAAACUGAACGGGUUUCAGCUUGAAAACUAUUCCUUGAAAGUUGCAUACAUCCCUGAUGAAAUGGCAGCCCAGCAACCUCCACAACAACAUCCCCAGGGAAGACGUGGAUUUGGACAGAGGGGUCCUCCAAGGCAAGGCUCACCUGGUGCAACCACAAGGCAGAAACCACAGUCGGACGUUCCUCUACGGAUGCUGGUUCCCACACAGUUCGUAGGAGCCAUUAUUGGGAAAGAAGGAGCCACAAUCAGAAAUAUCACAAAGCAGACACAGUCCAAAAUUGAUAUCCAUCGCAAAGAGAAUGCAGGUGCUGCUGAGAAACCCAUCACCAUCCACUCAACUCCUGAAGGUUGCUCCACGGCUUGUAAAAUCAUCAUGGAGAUCAUGCAAAAGGAAGCUCAAGACACUAAAUUUACAGAAGAAAUUCCCUUGAAGAUAUUGGCACAUAACAACUUUGUUGGCAGACUUAUUGGCAAAGAAGGAAGAAACCUGAAGAAAAUUGAACAGGACACAGACACUAAAAUCACAAUAUCUCCGUUGCAGGACUUGACACUCUAUAAUCCAGAAAGGACCAUUACAGUUAAAGGCAGUAUUGAAACUUGUGCCAAGGCUGAGGAAGAAAUUAUGAAGAAAAUCAGGGAGUCCUAUGAAAAUGAUAUUGCUGCUAUGAAUCUUCAAGCACAUUUAAUUCCUGGAUUAAAUCUGAAUGCCUUGGGUCUGUUCCCACCUUCUUCUUCAGGAAUCCCACCUCCCGCAGUGAGUGUUGCCUCCGCUGCUGCUGCUGCUUCAUAUCCACCUUUUGGGCAACAGCCCGAGUCUGAGACUGUUCAUCUGUUCAUCCCAGCCUUGGCAGUUGGAGCUAUUAUUGGCAAGCAGGGACAGCACAUCAAACAACUUUCUCGUUUCGCAGGCGCAUCUAUUAAGAUUGCUCCUGCUGAAGGACCAGAUGCCAAGCUGAGAAUGGUUAUCAUCACUGGACCUCCAGAAGCUCAGUUCAAGGCUCAAGGGAGAAUCUAUGGGAAACUUAAAGAAGAAAAUUUCUUUGGACCUAAAGAAGAAGUGAAACUUGAGGCUCAUAUAAAAGUGCCAUCCUAUGCUGCUGGUAGAGUUAUUGGAAAAGGAGGCAAAACUGUAAAUGAGCUUCAAAACUUGACAAGUGCAGAAGUUGUAGUCCCUCGUGACCAGACACCUGAUGAAAAUGAUCAGGUGGUUGUGAAAAUAACUGGUCACUUCUAUGCAUGCCAGCUUGCUCAGAGAAAAAUUCAGGAAAUACUGGCUCAGGUAAGAAGGCAGCAGCAACAGCAAAAAACAUUGCAAAGCGGACAGCCUCAGCCAAGACGGAAAUAAAGGUUUAGGAAACGGCCCAUCAGAGACAGAUGCCAGACCAAAGACAGACUGUGAGACAAAGAGACGGGUGGCGAGCACCCGUUGAAGUUAUAUGCAGAAGAUCCACCAAGCCAAUCACCUGUUCGAGGACCAGGCAACCGUUGAACGCUGUCUCUGAGAAUGUAUUCUUUAGGCUCUCUCAAACUUUUGAAACCCAGCUUUAAAAUAAGGACCCCUUCACUUCCCUUUUGUUCUAUUCUCACAACUUAACAUAAACUCGUUAGUCUUUUUUUAUUGUUCUUAUUAUUCCCCAGCAAUUUUAGAACUUGGUUUAAUGAAGCUUUCUCUUCUGAGUUCACUGGUUAAAAAAAAAAAAAAGGAGAAAAAAAAAGGAAAAAACCAACAGCAGCAGCAACAACAACAAGAGAAAAAAAAAGGCAUUGCUCUUAUAGGUCCAUUGUAAAAGAAGCGACACAUUUGGAGGGUGGGAUCGCGGGUGGGCUAGGGUUAGAGCACGGGUAUUGACAAGAGUUUAAGUGUUAGUCCCAACGUUGAAACAAGUGGCAUUUUUUAAAAUCAAUUUGGUUGCAUUUUUACAUAACACUGCCAUGAAUAACCUAAGGGAAGUGUUGAAUGGUGUUGGCCAGGGCAUAAAAAGAUAAAUAUGCAUUUUUACUAAACUACCUCAGGCAUUUAGUACCUCAAUGAGAAAUUGUUCCUCUUUUUUUUUUGUUUGUUUGUUUUGGUUUUUUUUAAUUUACUUUUUUUUUGGUAUUUUGUAUACUUUAUAAAGCUAAUAGUUCUUGAGCAUUUUAUUUUUUUAAAAAAAAAUUAAAAUUUAAUCAGCCACCAGCCAGGAGUACUACAGACUUAUCGUGGGGGGGGGGGGGGAAUUAUAGUAGAGCACUUCUAGCUGCUGGCUGAUGGGAGUAAGGUGGGUAAAAAAAAAAAAAAACAACAAAAAACACACAAACCUCAGAUUUUUUUCUGAGGGCUUCAACACCAUCAUUUGUUUAAAAAAAAAAUUCAGUGAAUGUUCAAAAGAUAGUGAAUGAUGCCAACAUUCUGAUAGCAGCAAUGCCGUUUAGUUUUCUUUUAAGAUGGGAUGAAAAAGUUUGUGACGGUACUUUUUUGGGAACAGGACAAGGAAGUGAUGGCAAGAGGCUGGGGUUGGGGGAAAAAAAAAAUUAGAAGGCUGCAAGAGGCUGAAUUUUUUUUUGUGUUACUUGAUUGAAUGCAUGAACCCUUUGUGCCUUUGACCAUCACUACCUAAUAAUGCUACAUUUAACCAUUUGCAGCCCAUUUGGACUUUGCCAUUUUGUUCAAAGAGCAAGCUUCAUCUUCAGUUUGAUAGAACACUUGGAUCUGGUAGAGCGUAUUUGAGGCCGUGAGGGUCUCUGCUGCCUGCAGAUCGCAUCAUAGUGCUUUCAGUUACCACGAUGGGGGAAGGUCAAACAGUGUUUGAUCACAUUGAAAGAUAAUGAAAGGCUAAGUUUACAUAUCCAGCCGCUGUUAUGGGCCACACUAAGCCACUUUGAAGGUUUUAAGAACUAUUACAAGUAAAAAAAAAAAAGAAAGAAACAAAUCAACAAACAACAACCUCUCUAGCCUGGCUUAUAAUAGAUGCAGCAGGAUUUAUGCACGUUCUGCAACCAACCAUUAGAGAAGAAAAAAAUAAACUAAAAUAAGAAACAACAAAACCAACCAUAAAAUAAACCAUCAAAAAAGCAGGGAUAGAACAGGAAAGUUACCAAAAUUUUUUUUUUGAUUUCCGAAUGUAAUUUGAAUGAUGAUUGUGGUAAUAGUGACACAUUCAAGUUUCUACAAUAAACUUCAGUCUACCUCAGUUUAAAGAAGAAAAAAAAAAAAGAAAAAAAAAGAGAAAAAAAAAAUGUGGCAACACAUGGUGCAUAAAGACUGCUGUGUGUGUGUGCGCGCGUGCGCGCGCCUGUAUGCGUGUGGUCGACAGAGCCAUGCUAUUACCUCUGAACCUUUUUUUUUUGUGACUUAUUUUUUUGUGCAUGAGAUGAUCAGAAUCACCAUGCUGCACUGAUUUGAGGGGCACAACGAGCAAAAAAAAAAAAAAAAAAAAGAAAAGAGAAAAAAAAAAAUAAAAAAAACCACAUUUGUUUCAUCAUUUUGUUAUCUACCUCUUAGGUUCAUGUUGAAAUAGAGGCAUUACUACAUAGACUAGAUAAUUUUUCCCAAAGAUCAUUGUUGUACAGAUUAGAUAAUUUUGGAAAUGGUCUGAAGUGUUUUUUCCUGCAUCUCUUCUUUACUAAUUGGUUUAAAAACCACAAACUUAUGUUGUAGUAUUAGCAAAGAAAAAUGAAUUCCUUUUUCUUUUUUGACAGUGACCUUCGUCUAGCCUUUAGGAUAACUUUUUUUUUUCUUACGAAUUUAAAAUUACUGAAGUAUGGGAAGUCAUAGCAUUUUAAUUUUUGUUGAGGCUUAAGUCAGUCUGACAUUCCUUUCUUAACAUUGGAGGGAGAUUUGACUUUAUUUUCCAUAAAAUUACUUUACGAAUAGGCGCUGCAUUUGCAUCUGCUGAUUUAAAUACUGUCAUCUCUUUAAAUUUCUAGACUUAGUAUGGUAAAUUGUUUUUCUUUUCAACUGAGACUUGGUAAUUUGGAGUAUUUGGGAAUAGCUAGAAAGUGAAUACUGUAAAUGAUUUCAACAUCCACAAAGUAUGGAUCAUUUUUCAUCUGUAAUGUGCCCCCCAAUGCAGCUCCACUUGCCAGAUGCCUCUGAAUGGAAUAAAGAGUUUAACUCCUAUCAUCAGAUUAAA